UCUGUCUCUUCGUCGUGAUUAGCCUUAAGAGAAUCAUCCAUCAUCCUCCACCUCAACAACUCCUCCAUUCCCAAGAAGUAGAUUCUCGCGUGGAGUUCAGUUUCUUCUUCUUCUUCGAGCUCUCUCUCUCUCUCUACCUAACUCCACUGCCAUGGCUAACCCUCAUGAUAACCUCUCCGAUCAUCAACCUCCUUCCGACGACUUCUUCGAGCAGAUCCUCGGCUUAUCUAACUUCUCUGCUUCUUCAAGCUCUGGUGGACUUUCUGGACUACCAGGAGGAUUAAGUGGUCCCCCUCCGAUGAUGCUUCAGCUCGGUUCAGGGGAGGAAGGGAAUCAUAAUCAUAUGGGGGGUAUUGGAGGAGGAGGAGGAGAGCAUUUAGGGUUUCAGAACGGGAUGUUUCCGUUGGGGUUAAGCCUCGAUCAAGGGAAAGGAGGAGGACAUGGGUUUCUUAAACCUGAUGGAAGUGGUGGGAAACGUUUUCAAGAUGAUGUUGUUGAUAAUCGAUGUUCCUCCAUCAAACCUGUUUACCAUGGGCAGCCAAUGACACAGCCAGCUCCACCAAUGCCGCACCAACAAUCUUCAAUCCGACCUAGAGUUAGGGCUAGGCGAGGUCAGGCCACUGAUCCACAUAGCAUUGCUGAGCGGCUGCGUAGGGAAAGAAUAGCAGAACGGAUCAGGGCGUUGCAGGAGCUUGUACCUACUGUCAACAAGACUGAUAGGGCUGCUAUGAUCGAUGAGAUUGUCGAUUAUGUAAAGUUUCUCAGGCUCCAAGUUAAGGUCUUGAGCAUGAGUCGUCUUGGUGGGGCCGGUGCUGUUGCUCCACUAGUCACUGAAAUGCCAUUGUCGUCAUCAAUUGAGGAUGAGAACCAAGCAGUGUGGGAGAAAUGGUCAGACGAUGGGACAGAGCGUCAAGUGGCUAAGCUGAUGGAAGAAAACGUUGGAGCAGCGAUGCAGCUUUUGCAGUCAAAGGCUCUUUGCAUAAUGCCAGUCUCAUUGGCAAUGGCGAUUUACCAUUCUCAGCCACCUGACACAUCUUCUUCAGUCGUGAAACCUGAGAUGAAUCCUCCACAGUAG